GUGCCAAGCAUAACAUAAGUUGCUGAAAUUGAGAGCUCUUAUUGGUUUAGCCAACGUCAUUCACUUAACUUUGACGCGCUUUAAUGAACUGUCCAAUGAACACUUUACAACUCUCACCUCCUCUACUCUCACAAACCAAACUCCUCCACUACUCGCCCUUAUUAGCUGACGCGUGGCCAAACUUGGUGCGUAUUUAAACGCGCUUAAGUUACCAUUUUGUUCAACGCUCAUCUUCCCCGACAGCAAACCGUUUCUCUCUCCUACCGAAAAAAAAAACUGUGCUUUAUUAAAUAUGAUGCGGAAUUCAACAGCACUAACUAACAGCUCAGUAAUCAUAAAUGAGAUUGAAUUCACUUUGAAUCUUAAUUACUGUAGACAUCUAUAGAGAAAAAUUGUAGGGUUUUGUUGAUUUGGGAGAUUUCUGUUGAUUUACGUUUAUGAUAUACACACAGAGUUGUGAUGGUGGAAGCUGAGAUGGGUGCAGAGAAGAUGAUGAAUGGUAAGAAGAAGAAGAAUGGUAGGAAGAGAUGGGGCUGGGCAGCAAUUGGGUGUGUCUUAGCAUUGCUACUUGCAAUCGCACUUACCUCGAGGGCUUCCCACAAGUCCUGCCGCUGCGCUCAGGAUUCUCGUAAAUAUACAGGCAUUGUUGAGGACUGUUGUUGUGAUUAUGAGACCGUAGAUAGUCUUAAUAGGGCAGUGUUGCAUCCUUUGCUACAAGAGCUUGUUGCGACGCCCUUUUUCCGAUACUUUAAGGUUAAAUUAUGGUGUGAUUGCCCUUUCUGGCCUGAUGAUGGUAUGUGCCAUUUGCGUGAUUGCAGUGUAUGUGAAUGCCCAGAAAAUGAAUUUCCUGAACCUUUUAAGAAGCCAUCAUUGCUUGGUCUUCCAUUGGAUGACUUGGUGUGUCAAGAGGGAAAUCCCCAGGCUACUGUUGACCGCACGCUAGACACUAUGGCUUUCAGAGGUUGGAUAGAAAUAGAUAAUCCGUGGACACAUGAUGAUGAGACUGAUAACGGUGAGAUGACAUAUGUGAAUCUCCAGCUGAACCCUGAACGUUACACCGGCUAUACUGGACCAUCUGCCAGAAGGAUAUGGGAUGCUAUAUAUUCAGAAAAUUGUCCAAAAUAUUCAACUGGAGAGGCUUGCCAGGAGAAGAAAGUGUUAUACAAGUUAAUUUCUGGUCUUCACUCCUCAAUUUCGAUUCACAUAGGUGCUGAUUAUCUCCUUGAUGAAACUACCAACCUGUGGGGUAAUAAUCUUGAAUUGAUGUACGGCCGCGUUUUGGGAUAUCCUGAUCGUGUCAGAAAUUUGUAUUUCACUUUCCUCUUUGUUCUCCGAGCCGUGACAAAAGCAGCAGAUUACUUGGAGCAGGCAGAAUAUGACACGGGUAACCAUGAGGAGGACCUGAAAGCCCAGUCCUUGAUGCGGCAGCUACUUUACAAUCCCAAACUUCAAGCUGCAUGUCCCCUUCCAUUUGAUGAAGCUAAAUUGUGGCAUGGCCAAAGUGAACCUGAACUGAGGCAGCAGAUUCAAAAGCAAUUCAGAAACAUUAGUGCACUGAUGGAUUGUGUAGGAUGUGAAAAAUGUCGCCUUUGGGGAAAGCUUCAGGUCUUAGGUCUUGGAACGGCAUUGAAGAUCCUUUUCUCUGUCAACGGUCAGAACCAUCCACAUCAACCACUGCAGCUGCAAAGAAAUGAGGUGAUUGCACUUGUAAAUCUUCUCAGUCGACUGUCAGAAUCAGUGAAAUUUGUCAAUGAAAUGGAUCCUUUGGUUGAGAUGAAAAUGGAGGGACUGGUCUCAGAAUCUCCCAUAAAAGACGUUAGCUCAUGGCUAAGAGCAUGGCCAUCACUAGCCGCGCUUUGGUACUUAACUACGCUCUGCUCUGAGAAACUCACUUUUUGGCAGAACUUCUACUAGUCCUUUUUUGGCAAGUUUUUCUAGUCCUUUGCAGCUAACACGAGGGUAAAAUAUUUUUCAGGCUGAGGAAGCUUUCACUGUGAUUGGCCUUCUUCAAAUACUUUGGUAUCAAUUUUGACGGGCUAUGUGGAGAAUUUGUGCAAACUGACCAUCAAGAGCUAUAGCUAUAUACAGGGGUUCCGGAGAACAACUCAACUUUUUAUAGGUAUACAAAUGCACAGACAGAGAGAAGAAAGAAUCGUUAGCAAAUGGACUCGCAAUUUUUGGAUCGGAACCUUCCAUGUUAAAGGGUGAUAAUAUAUUAGCAUUGUGCAAUAGAAAUGCCUUAUUGAUUUUUGAAGGUGUUCAAAGCAUUUGUCAUCUUUUCUCUACGGAUAUUGUUGACAAAAAUGUUUCUAAUUUGGUAACGAUUAGAAAGAUAUCAUCAAUCCACAGAAACAGCAAAUCG